AUGCCAAUUAUGCCCUUUGUGCAGAACAUCUCACAGGAGCUUGCGAAUCAAUCAUCUCCAAGAUUGCAGCAAAGGAGAGCAAAUGAAGAAGGAUUCUUCUUGGCCAAUCUAGGAAGUUCACUCAUUGAGCUAGGCCGUAACAUCUCAAGAAUGAGCUGGGGAGAGGAAGAUCUGCCUGAGGUUAUUGCUACUCAUGGCUUACUGGUACAGGAAAAUGAAGUGAUAAGAAGGCAAACAACAUAUACGUUUAACUGGCCAUUACCUCAAACACAACCACCUCUCGGAUUAGCCAGCUCAGAGUCUCGAAAUGCAGAGGGUGAUAUAAUGGAGAUAAAGAUAAAGGCAUUGCAUUCAAGAACAUACAACUUCGCUGUAGAGACAACUAUCUCUGUUCAGGCAUUGAAGCUGCUUAUCGAACAAAAUUCCGGGAUCACAUCGGAACGCCAGCGUUUGCUAUUUCGCGGAAGAGCUUUGAACGAUGAUCUACGAUCAUUAUCAGAUUAUCAGGUUGAAGAAGGCCACACUGUGUAUUUGGUUGAAACACCACAAGGAGGAGCAAGUGGCAACAAUAACAAUCCAAUUCCACCGGCGGAGAUGCUUCAGGAGAUAAGGCAACUGCUCACUGAAGAAGUAGUUGACUUUUUUUCUAUCCUCAGAGAGAUGGAUAGUGUAAAUGAUCCAUCUACUCGAAGAUGGCAAGAAGGGAGACUAAUUGUCGAAUCAGGAAGGGUAUCGGAGACUCUAGGAAGCUUCAUACAAGUAUUGGAGAAGGAAACCUACCACUUGCGUCUGACACAAGAAAUGGUGAACAUGUCGAUAUCGCCAGCUCUGAAUCUCAAAAUGAAGUCAAUCAAUCCUCUCCUCGACCUACCACAGAUGUAA